CACCAACACAUUUGAUCCUUUAUUUUGAAGUAGUUUCAUCAGCUGCCAUGGCUUCUUCACCUUCUUUCCUCCCACUCAUAUGUUGCUUGUUCUUAUUCAGUGCAUCAAUGGCUUCAGCUCAAUUGACUGCUAACUUCUAUAGCCAAACUUGCCCAACUGCUAUGUCGAUCAUUCGAGGUGCUGUUAGCACUGCAAUCUCUAGAGAACGUCGCAUGGGUGCAUCCUUACUUCGUCUUCAUUUUCAUGAUUGUUUUGUUAACGGUUGUGAUGCAUCAGUUCUGCUGGAUGAUUCUGCCACCAUAACUGGGGAGAAAACAGCACGUCCAAAUGUGAAUUCAAUAAGAGGGUUUGAAGUCGUUGAUACCAUAAAAUCUCAGUUGGAAAGAGCAUGCCCCGGCGUUGUCUCUUGUGCCGAUCUCCUAACUGUUGCCGCCCGAGAUGCUACUGUCGCUCUUGGUGGGCAAACAUGGAAUGUGGUUCUUGGAAGAAGGGACUCGACCACUGCGAGUUUAGCUGCGGCUAAUUCCGAUCUCCCGUCCCCCUUUUUGGAUCUCCCCCAGCUAAUCUCUGAAUUUGGAAACAAAGGUUUCUCUCCACAAGAAAUGGUUGCUCUUACUGGAGCUCAUGAGAUCGGGCAAGCUAGGUGUGGAGUUUUUAAAGAGCGAAUCUACAAUGAAACCAACAUUGAUCCAUCUUUUGCAUUAGCCAUGCAAAGAAAUUGCCCUAGAACCGGUGGUGAUGGCAAUCUGGCUCCUCUUGAUAGCACCACUCCAACCGUUUUCGACAACGCUUUCUUCAGAAACUUGGUUAACCGAAGGGGUCUUCUUCAUUCCGAUCAACAAAUCUACAGUGGAGGUUCCACAAACGCUCAGGUCGACCGAUAUAGGCUCAACUCGGCUGCUUUCUUUACGGACUUCGGCAAUGCGAUGGUGAAGAUGGGAAACCUUAGCCCUCUCACUGGUACUAAUGGCCAGAUUAGGACCAACUGCAGGAGGCCAAAUUAAGUUCAGCCAUCAAGAAUUGUGUUCCAUCGAUAUAAAUUGUAUUUUCCCUGGAUAACUUGUAAAAUUUUUAUUUGCUUUUAUUAGAAUAUUAUGUAAGUCUUGAUUCUCUAUAAUAAUAAAUGUUCUCAUUUUUUGUUCGUA